GAGGAAACAUGAGCAGAGUGACAUAUUCAGAGUCCCGGGCUGAGCGGCGCAGGUCGCCGGAUAAAGCUGCGGAGGAGACGGAGCUCCGUGAUUUUGGGCGCAACAUCUCCGGAGGGGAACAUGUGAGUGGGGAAUGGGCCGGAGGAGACAGGAUUACUGCUCUACACCGCGGACCGACUCCGGAGGAGCCCGGGACAGGGGAGACACUUGCGCCCUGUGACGCACCCGCGGGGAUCUUUUCAUUUUUGCGCAACUCGGGGACGAUCUGGCCAAAGAUGAACGCCAUCGUGUUUAACAAGCUGAGCGGCCAGGUUCUGUUUGAGGACAAGGCCAACGAGGUGGAGAGGAGCAGCAGAAAUUACUUAGAAGUCAUGGAUGGACAACACCCGGACCUUCUCUCCAGCAACCAGGCCAUCAUGGACAACCAGGCCAUCCGACACAGACGGAACGGGGGUCGUCCCGGUGGCAGCAAAGUGCGACACAAGCGUCAGGCCCUGCAAGAUAUGGCGCGGCCGCUCAAGCAAUGGCUGUACAAGCACCGGGACAACCCUUACCCCACUAAGACGGAGAAGAUUCUGCUGGCUUUGGGUUCACAGAUGACCCUGGUGCAGGUUUCCAAUUGGUUCGCCAAUGCCAGGAGGCGGCUGAAGAACACGGUGAGGCAGCCCGACCUGAGCUGGGCCCUUCGGAUCAAGCUUUAUAACAAGUAUGUUCAAGGCAAUGCUGAGAGACUGAGCGUCAGCAGCGAUGACAGCUGCUCCGAUGAUGGCAACAAUCCUCAGAGGACCCAGAACACUGCCGUGGAGUUCACCAAACCCAUGUACCAGAGUGUCAUUAAGAAGGAAGGCUCGACCAUGAUGGGCAUGGCCAUGGGGAUGGGAGCGGGCCUCCCCUCGGCCACCGAAGCCGCCUCGCUGGCCGAUGACUACGUGUCGCCGCCCAAAUACAAGAGCAGCCUGUUGCACCGCUAUCUCAACGACUCACUGCGUCAUGUCAUGGUGGCCAACGCUGUCAUGGAUGCUCGCAAGAGGAACCACUCCGGCUCCUUCAGCUCCAACGAGUACGACGACGAGUUGCUCUCGCCGACCUCCUCGGAGGCAGAGGCGAACUUUGUUUAUCGCGCUGAAACCGCAGAGCACGGAUCGAGUAAAUAUGACAACGGUGGCGUCAGAGCUGAACACCAGGAGAAGGUGAAGGGCAAAGAUGAGACGUACUGGAAGGAGAUCAAUGCCGCCAUGGCCUUGACCAACUUGGCGCAGGGGAAGGACAGUGCCCCCGGGACCACCAGCUGCAUCAUCCAAAAGUCUUCCCAUAUAGCAGAGAUCAAGACUGUUAAAGUGCCACUUGUGCGCCGUUAUUAGCUCCAAGGCGAGCCUCCUCAUUCUAUGCAAACGUUCCCGUUUUGGCAAAGCAUUCAUAAGAGGACUAUUUGGAAGGACGACGAAAUAUUUUGUUGGUUUCAAAGUGUCUUCAGUGGGACUUGUUCCGUGCCGACAUGCAAAAGUGUCGGCAAGUUGUACUGCAGUAUUUCCUAUAGCCAGACACUUUUGUUUUGUAAAAUUAACUUAUUUUUCGGAAUGACUUUUCCCUCCUAUUUUUGAUGCUCAAUGUGUAUUUUGCCAAAGUGACUUUUGCUCUUGUAAAUGCAAAGCACAGAUGCGAGUCGUGCCUCUCUGGAAUUUGUGAAGGAUUAUUUGACCGAUGUUUGGAGUCACUGUCGUGAUACAGGAAGUGGAAGUGUGUGCCUUGAAAGACCAAAUGAGGUCAUCAAUCAUGAUAUGCA